GCUGCUCUGAACGCUCCACAUUUUCAACAGGCUGCACAGGGGACAGGAUCUAAGAGACCAGGAAGCCCUGUGUGUGUGUCUGUGUGUGUCAGAGAGUGAAUGAGUAAAAAAGGAGUACAUAAAUCUGUCUUAUAGAAACCUCCACACUGGUCGUUGGGCUCAGAACUGGAAGAUACAGAGAGGUUCUGUUAUUCUGAGGAAGAAGAGGAGCUACACCGUAAUAUUUGUUAUCUGAUAAAAAGGGGAAGAAGAGGAGAAAGGAGACAUGUCACAUGCAAUCCUGAGAAGAAACUCCAGCAAGCAAGGUUUGCAGAACCUCUUGAAAAUCACCACCCAAAGGAGCGUUGAGGAUGCAGAGGAGGUGGAGCGAGAGCGUCGGCGCAGGGCCCGGGAGUCCUUCCGCAGCAUGGGCAGUAGCAGCACCUCGGAACCCAAAGGCCCUUCACUGGACAAUGUGGCCCUGGCUGAGGACGGCCUGUAUGAGAGUGAUCUGAAGCCUAGCAGCAGCUCUCCUUCUUUGGAGGAGGACGAGGGCUUCAGUGACUGGACCCAGCGGCUGGAGAGACGCCGGCAGCAGGCCCAGCGCAUGGAGGAGCUCAGUCAGGCCCCAGAGGAGCAGGACCAGAGGUCCCUGAACGGUGCCGCAAAGGCCCCCACACCACAUACCCUCUCUACCUCAGCCACCCCCACCACAUCCACCUCUCGUCUGCAGAGACAACACAAGGCAGAAGCGGAGGAUGAGGAAGAGAAGAAGUUGGGAAGAAAGGAAAGUGAGAGGAAAAGGAGGGAGCGAGAGGAGGAGGUG